AUGGGAAACGCUACAGCUCUAUUCUACCUGGUAUUUCUGGCCUGGAUCCUGCUGCUUCAUUUGCCGCUGUGGCUGCGCUUGUCACCACGUGAGGCGUCAGUAUCAAGGGGGAACCUGACUGCGGAAGCGAUCGAAACCCUCCAGUCGUACCUGCGCAUCGACACUGCCCAGCCACAACCUCAGUACCGUAAGGCAGUUCGCUUCAUCAAGCAGGCCUGCAAACGAGCUGGUCUUGAAGGUUUCCACCAGUUCUCGUUUCAGCGUGGUCGACUCGGGGCGGUCUGUAGUGUCCAGGGACGCGAGCCGCACCUUGGAGCGGUGGUGCUGAACUCGCACAUUGACGUCGUGCCGGCCGAGUCGUCCGCCUGGCGCCUGGCGCCUCCUUUCUCAGCAGCUAUUGUCGACGGAAACGUGGUCGCUAGGGGCUCACAAGAUAUGAAGACGCAAGGAGUGCAGUACCUGGAGGCGCUGCGUCGGCUACGCGCACAGGCCGGCGACAAGUGGCCUAUGCGGCGAACGGUCCACGUGCUCUUUGUGCCGGAUGAGGAGGUCGGUGGUCGCACGGGGAUGGCUUCGCUGGUGAACUCCAGUCUAUGGCGUGAUACAUUGCGCCCGGCAGUGCUGAUCGACGAGUGUCUUCCCGAGACUCGCCUCGGUGUCUACAAAGUAUGCUAUGGCGAGAGACAGCCCUGGUGGAUGACCAUUCGAACGAGCCAUCACACUGCGCAUGGCGGAACGCUCCCCGCAGAUACGGCGAUUCAACGUCUUUUUGCGCUGUUAGACAACGUACUUGCGUAUCGAGAGCAACAGCGCCUUGCUGUAGAGAGCCAGAGGAAAGCGCUGGGCGAGGUGCUUGGCGUCAAUGUGGUCCACUGGGCCAGCAGCGGCAACGGGAACGCCACCAAUGUCAUCCCGAGUGAUGCAGAAAUCCGACUGGAUAUGCGCGUCCCGCCACAUAUGUCUGAACUGGAGGUACUUGCGCUGUUAGAGGAGUGGACACGAGGCUCGUGCAACUGGCACUCGCACAACGGCGAACUUUUGUGUGCGAAUGCUACGUACCGUAUCCAGUUCAUUGAUCGAGUCAUUGCACCGUAUCGCGAAGUGGUUGACGAGGCCGAGUCUAUGCUCUAUCGGGCGAUUGCCAUCGCAGGAAGAGCACGAAACAUCAGUCUCGAACCGUUUGUGUUCCCCAUGAGUACGGACUCGCGGUAUGUGCGUCAGGCGGGUGUCCCAGCGUAUGGUAUCAUGGCGCUGGACGGGGUCCUGCAGGGAGCGCAGUUACAUCAGCCUGAUGAGUCUGUGCCACUGACUGCGUUCGAGCGAGGUAUUUCGUUUUACAUGGAAUUGGUGCGUCAACUCGCCGAGGAAGCGCACUGGGAAGCAACCGCAGACGUUGCGAACGUAACUGCCCGUCGGCAUACUUCGGAUGAACUGUAG